UCAACUGACAGUGCAACGAGAAAGACGCGGCCGCUUCGACCAGCGUGUUCUCUAAACUUCACGCAACUUUACAGCAGUUGCGAACGGACUAAGUGUUAGAUUGCGUGCAAGUGCUAUUUGUGUUAGUGAUGAUAAUUGUAUGGAACAGUCGGCUUUCUUGUCUCCUGGACGAGCGUUGAAGUCAGAGGGGAUGGAAGCAAAAGACCGGCUUGUUGAGGAGAUCGUGCUCCUUGCUCUGUUUUUGGUAUCGACUGCGGGCAAUUCGUUGGCCCUAUUGGUAUUCUGUAGACGACCCGGACUGAGGACUAUAUCAAAUCGGUUCGUCAUUAAUCUAUUGGCGACGAAUUUGGUGACAACCUCUCUUCUCGCGCCCGCGCUAUUCGGCGAGCACACCGCGAACGAGGAGGCCGGCUGGGUGGAGGCUGGUGACGCCGCAGCCUCGGCGUGCAGUUUGGUCGCUUUGUUGUCGGUAACGCUUAUUGCGUUGGACCAGCAUCACGCUGUCACGGAUCCCCUGCGCUGCCAUACUCGACUGUUGCAACGCCGGCCAGCCACUCUGUGUGCAGUCACUUGGCUUGCAGCUGCCAUUGCAGCUAUUGUUCGCGCCACCAUAGCCGUGGUGCGCCACUAUUAUCCGCGCGAGCCCGCUAUCCAGGGAGUCGAGCUCGCCUACUACGUCGUGUACUUAUUUGCUGGCAUCAUCGCGCCAGUUUCUGUAGUUUGCGUCAUGUAUGCGAGGAUAUAUCGAGCAGCGCGAUCGUCUGGUCUACGAGCGCGCGCACAUGGAGCUAGUGCUCUUCAACUUCAUGAGCCUCAUGUGAAUUUGCCAGACUUGAUUGAGGAGGGUGAAGGACUUACUUUGAAAAUCGACGUGCCGGACAAUGUCACGGAAACUGAUCGCAAGUUUGGACCUUUUCUUCUACCUCCGGAACGACCAACUCGUUGCCCAUCCGUUGCGAGUCUACGGAAUGCGAGAAAGGAGGCCAAAUCAAAUGAGGAUCUACGAAAAGGCUUGCCUGCAGUAAGCUCUGCGCCGUUGUUGGCGGCAUCGCAUCUUGCUGUACAAUCUCGUACACCCGCGCCUUCAAAUAACGGAUCCAGAAUUACAUCAAUCCGUUGUCGUAUUUCGAACGCCUCAUUAUUUAGAUAUAGGGAAGAAUCUCGUGCAGCUAGAGUUGGACUUUUAACUGGUGCGUUAGUGAUGUUACAUGUGCCGCAUGCGGUGGCCGCUGUUGUAUCUGCUGCUGUGCCAGGAUUAGCAGCUAGCGCUCGAACUCCCGCGUUAGCCUUGCUUUUGCUGGCUUCAGCGGCAUCGCCAUUUUUAUUCGCAUUGCGUUCACGGCGCGUGCAACGAGAAGCUCGACGUCUGCUUCUACCGCAGAAGAGUGCGUGGGAUCGACCCUCAAAUGCAGCUUCCGCUGCAGCUGCUGAUGGCCAGCGCGCCCGCGCUGCGUUAGAUUUAUUGCGAACAUUGACGCCAGGGGGCGACGGGGGUGAAAGCGGAGAUAACGGCGCUCCUGGUCCGGGAAACGGAUCUGAGACUAGCGCGUGCCGCAGUUCCUUUAGCUCAGGCGGCAGCACACAACUUUCCUCCGCAUCGGAGGAGUGACCGCCGGCGCCAGGCGCCCCGCUGACGCGAGCGCGCUUCACCCCUCGGUCUCGACCCACCGCUCUACUCAUCUGUGAUACUAGAUUAAGACGACCCGCGUUUGCUGCGACUGUUAGACUGAUUUAGCAUAAGUAAUUUAUUAUUAUGUCCAUGUACCUUUCCGCUAAGCGGUUAAUUUUUAUCUGAAUAAAUGUAUGAAA